AUGACAACCCUACCUUCUGAAACGGUACAAAUACUAGAACAGACUUUGAAGCUUUACAAUUUUAUUGCAAUUGAUGAAAUUGUCGUGUUUACAAACGAGCUACAGUAUAUAGGGGCAUACGAUAACAAAGAAUAUGAACAACAACAACAACAACAGCAGCAGCAGCAGCAACAGCAGCAACAGCAGCAACAGCAACAGCAACGCGAAUUGUCCGACACAGAAAUUAGCGAGUAUCGAAACCUAAUUGAAGCAAUAGGCACAAAGGACAAGAAGUUGGUUAAUUUCAAUUCAGGACCCAACAAAAAGUACAUCUGCCAUGUUUUGGACAAAUUUGUCGUGUUUUAUCGAUUAAGUCGAGAUGAUAGUGAGCAAAUUAAUACAUAA